CGGGGCUCCCGUGGUGCAGGGCUCACAGGAAACCUGGCAGAGUCAGGCGCUCAAAUCCACCCUGCCUUUCCAAGUUCUAAUCUGGUUUAAACUCGCCAGGAAGAGUGGAUGCCUGUCUGACUUGGUUCUUCACCAUGGCUUCUCACAAGACCUUCAGGAUCAAGCGAUUCCUGGCCAAGAAACAAAAGCAAAAUCGUCCCAUUCCACAAUGGAUUCAGAUGAAAACUGGCAAUAAAAUCAUGUACAACUCCAAGCGGAGACAUUGGAGACGAACCAAAUUGGGUCUAUAAGGAACCACACGUAUUUAUGCUGUAACUUACUGUAUCAAGUUUACAACAUUACCAUUGUCUGGACAACUGAGUGUGUUUAUUAGGAAUAUAAGUUUUCUUUCUGUGCUUUAGUUAGUUCAUUCAGUAGUUCAGAAAUAAAUACGUGAAACCUUUUGCUU